CGAAAUAAUAAAUCAUGAUGUUGGGCAUUUUUAAUACCCAAUUGCUUAUCCCGAUCCAGCUAGCGCGUGUUUGCUAGCGAGCUUGUUGCGCAGAUUAAAAUCGGACAAGGAAGCCUCGCCGUUUGCUGUCGCCCAUAUACCUAUUUUACAGGUAUAUUAUAACAGUUUUAUGCGGUUAAUACUCGUCUAAAGACAGUGGUUGUUGAUCCCAUCAGAAUGCACGCAGUGGUCUAGCUUUUGAGAAACUGACCAUCUCUGACUAUCACCGACUGAAAGACGAAAACUGGAGAGCUCCCUCUACAACACGACUGGUAGCGUAAGAAAGCAGGUCGAGACAUAGCCGAAUCAUCAAAUGCAGCGAUUUGAGAAGGCAGGAAGGUAGAGAGAUGAAGUACUCUAUUCUGGUUCAGGUGUUACCCAUGGAAGGGGGACCGACAGAAGCUGUAGUCGACGAGGGUGGUGAUGCCUUCAAAGCUAAGGAAUGCAAGACCUAUCAACGGAGACGUGAAGAUGAAGUUGUGGGAGCUGAGCUCCUACAAGCUGCUGGCCUAGAGGCAGUGGAACAGCCAGUUGCUGAAGGAGAGGUGGUGGGAACAGUUGUGAAUGCUCAGCAACAGCAGCUGGUUGAGGGUGUGGUGAGUGUAAAUAGUGGUGUGGAGAUGAUGGUGAUGGAUUCUCUGGACCCAGCCCUGCUCCAGAUGAAGACUGAAGUAAUGGAGGUUGCCAUGGCUGCUGGUGUUGGUGUAGCUGGAGCAGCACAUGAGGCCACAGUUACAACAGUGGAUGACACCCAGAUUAUCACACUGCAGGUAGUAAACAUGGAGGAACAACAGCUGGGUUUGGGCGAGCUGCAACUAGUGCAUGUGCCUGUUGCAGCUGUGCCUGUCACUGCUGCCACUGUUGAGGAGCUGCAGGGCACACUCGUUGAUGCCACAGCAAUGCCCAAAGAUGGAGAGCCUGUUAUCUGCCAUACCCUGCCACUGCCUGAAGGCUUUCAGGUGGUAAAAGUUGGUGCUAAUGGAGAAGUGGAGACUGUGGAGCAGGAUGAGCUCCAAGCUCACCAGGAGCAGGCUCUGCAACAGCAGCAGCAGGAGGAAGAGGAGAUGCCUGAACCCCAGAAUGAGGAUGCCAGCUGGGCAAAAGAUCCUGACUACACCCCCCCUGUCAAAAAGACCAAAAAGACCAAGAAAAGCAAGCUGCGCUACAAUACAGAAGGCGAGAAGGACAUGGAUGUCUCUGUUUACGAUUUUGAGGAAGAGCAGCAGGAAGGCCUACUCUCUGAAGUUAAUGCAGAAAAGGUGGUGGGCACCAUGAAGCCCCCAAAACCUACCAAAAUCAAAAAGAAGGGUGUCAAGAAGACAUUCCAGUGUGAGUUGUGUAGCUACACCUGUCCACGGCGCUCCAAUCUUGACCGGCACAUGAAGAGCCACACAGAUGAGAGGCCACACAAAUGUCACCUGUGUGGCAGGGCAUUUAGAACGGUCACCCUGCUAAGAAACCACCUAAACACCCACACUGGCACAAGGCCACACAAAUGUACCGACUGUGACAUGGCAUUUGUGACUAGUGGUGAACUGGUGCGGCACCGUCGCUACAAGCACACCCAUGAGAAACCCUUUAAGUGUUCCAUGUGUGACUAUGCUAGUGUGGAGGUCAGCAAGCUGAAGAGACACAUUCGCUCUCAUACUGGAGAGCGUCCUUUCCAGUGCAGUCUUUGCAGCUAUGCCAGCAGAGACACCUACAAGCUGAAAAGACACAUGAGAACCCAUUCAGGGGAGAAACCGUACGAGUGCUACAUUUGCCAUGCACGGUUCACUCAGAGCGGGACUAUGAAGAUGCAUAUUUUGCAAAAGCACACUGAGAAUGUGGCGAAGUUCCACUGCCCCCACUGUGACACUGUUAUUGCCCGCAAGAGUGACCUGGGUGUGCAUCUGCGCAAGCAGCAUUCCUACAUUGAGCAGGGAAGAAAGUGCCGCUAUUGUGAGGCUGUAUUCCAUGAGCGCUAUGCUCUCAUCCAGCACCAGAAGUCCCACAAAAAUGAAAAACGGUUUAAAUGUGACCAGUGUGAUUACGCUUGCCGACAGGAGCGUCACAUGGUGAUGCACAAGCGCACCCACACUGGGGAGAAGCCGUACUCCUGCACACACUGUGAUAAGACCUUUAGACAGAAGCAGCUCCUGGACAUGCACUUCCGCCGCUACCAUGACCCCAACUUUGUGCCUACCUCCUUUGUGUGUACCAAGUGCAACAAGACCUUCACACGCAGGAACACCAUGGCCAGGCAUGCAGAGAAUUGUAAUGGCAUCGAUAGUGCUGAUGGAGAGAACGGCACUCCAACCAAGAGGGGUCGUGGUGGUCGGAAAAGAAAGAUGCGGUCCCGAAAGGAUGAUGACGACGACAGUGAUGAGCAUGGAGAACCUGAGUUGGAUGACAAUGAUGAGGAAGAGGAGGAUGAGGAUGAAGCUCUAGAUGAAGUGCAGAUGGAGGUGGAACAGGCCCCACCUACUGUCCCUGUCCCUGCCACUGAUGAGCCACCUGUCAAGAGGAAGCGUGGUCGACCUCCCAAGAACCCCCCUAAAGCUUCAUCUGCUAAGCCCACAGCUGCUGCUGCUAUUAUCCAAGUGGAAGAUGAGGGCACGGGGGCCAUUGAGAACAUCAUAGUUAAGAAGGAGCAGGAUGGCGUGGAUGCUUCAGCAGCAGCAGAACCUGUGGUGGAGGAGGUUGAUGUUGCAGAAGAAGGAGAGGUGGAGCAGAUCUCUGUUCCUGAGGCUGCUCCCAAUGGGGAUCUGACCCCGGAGAUGAUCCUUAGCAUGAUGGACCGGUGAUCUGCUUGCAUAGACCCAACCAAAAACACACACACACACACGCAAAUGCUCGUAUGUAUUGCCUCCCUUCCCAAACUGUUACCACCUUCCUCACAAACUAAGUCUGUUCUUUUCAGCUGUGUUCUUGUUCAGUUUCUGAUUUACUUUGGAAUGAAAUGUACAAUGUUCCCUUCAUGGUUUCAUUACGGCACAUGAUAUAGAUUUCUGGCAGAUGUGCAUGAUGCUUUUUUUUUUUUGAGCUGAUAUUCAGAUUGUCCCAUGUUUUUCGGUCAUCUGGUGUGUGGCGGGAGUCGCUGAGAUGACUGUAUGAAUAGGGAGAAUCUGUAAUUAAUGUAGUAAACUACAUACAAUAGAAAUCUGUUAGUUUUUUUUUUUUAACCAAACUAACCUGCCAAUAUUCUUUUAACCCUCUGAGCUUUAGCCAUACCAUGACAAUAUUCAAAUGAGUACUUUUUUGCGUCUGGUCAAACCUUGGUAUUUAGACUGUAGAAAUGGGCAUUUUAACCCUUUUGUCCAGUAGAUAUAUUUAAUGUUUGACACAUGGCAACUUUUCUCAUUUCAUUUCACUGAUCACAAUUGCAGAGAGAGAUGAUGGCUCUGGCCAGAUAUUUACUUGGCUACAUUUGUCCAUCAAUCAAGUUUAAAAAAAAAUAAUUAUCAGUGCUUGAUAACAUUUGUACAAAAAAUAAAACCUGGCUGGUUUUGCUUGUAAAUAGUUUUUUAUUUUAUUUUUUUUUAAUUUUAUGAGUGUUUUAAUCUUUCCAGAUAAAUCGAUGACCCUGAAUGCUAAUGCAAUUUUAAGCAGUGCUCAUUGGAAUAUGUGACCCAGGGAAUUUUAAAUCUUAAAAAGGGUGUAAAUCAUGUAGGCAUUAGAAAUCCUCUUUGCACUGGGAUGGAAUAAUUUGUUUAAUCCUUCAGUUAGGGGCAAGCAGCUACAAUAAAUAUUUGGAUAAAAAAAUUCUGAGCAGCACAAUACUGGGGAUUUUGUGUUUGCUUUCAAAACAAAAGAUCAGGAUGAACAGAAAUGCGAAGUCAGUUAUCCAUGAGCCCUUAAAUAUAGAGCUUGUAGCCUCAACUCAACUUCUUAAACUAGAAUGACUGCCGAUGUAGAAUGGUUUCUUGCUGUUCACAGCUGUUUUCUCACCACUUUUGUCUAGCCCAUGUACGGUUCGCACAGUUUAUUGCUAUUGAUGAAUCUAUUUGAUGCGUUCUGUUUGAAGAGGACUGUUAGAAUGAUUGUUUAAAAGUUUUUCACUUUUUUCCCUAUUCUAAAACUUUUUCUCCUAUAUGUAUCUGCAUUUAAUUUCCUUCUGUUUUAUUAAGCUCUUAAUUUUAGUUUAAUGCUUUUAUAUAUUUUUUUCUUUUUUUGUACUUGGCUGUAACUGUGUGAAUUUUACAAUGAUCAGAAAACCAACAUAUAAAGACAUUUAUUAUGGCUGGGUGGGGCUUUAAGGGGAAUAUGAGAAAAGGUGGUGUGGAGAAUGUAUCGCUGUACAGCUAAUAAAAAUAAUAUUGUCCUA